UCUGUCAUACUAGGCGAAAGCUCGACGCUGAUACAUAUUUGAAGCUUGUAAUUGUCUUUUUACUCGUGCAUUUUGUUUUUAGUUAUUUGUCACGUCUCAAGAGGAACUGGGUGUAGCAGCGGUGUCAGACAUCUGUAAGGACAACAAACAGAUUGACAACGAUAACAGUAUUUUGAUACAUAGCUUUGAAUAAUGACAACAGAAUUUGGAACUCCCAUUAAAUCAGGACCCAAAGACUUAUAGAUUGAUUCUGCAACUUGAACAUUUUGCAUGUAAUAUAAAGUCCAGAAAAUUGAACAUUUAUCAGCUUGAAGUCACCACUAGUGUUGUACAAUUCCUGUGUGAUGUCUUUAACUGCUAUCAUGGAUGAUUCGGGCAUGGAUACCAAAAAGCCUGGCAACGCCAUCCACUUCAUUACCAUUAAAGAAGAGAAUAGAAGUGAUAUCAGUGAGGACACCAUUGGGUCUGAAAACACCGUCCAGACCAUUGCCAUUAAAGAAGAGAAAAAGGACGAUAUGUGUGAGGAUACUAUUGUGCCUGAUGCUAGUGAAGAACUCAUUGCCAUAAAAGAAGAGAGAAAGGAUGAAGUCAGUGAGGAUACUAUUGUGCCUGAUGCUAGUGAAGAACUCAUUGCCAUAAAAGAAGAGAGAAAGGAUGAAGUCAGUGAGGAUACUAUUGUGCCUGAUGCUAGUGAAGAACUCACUACCAUAAACGAAAGAAAAAAGGACGAAGUCAGUGAGGAUAUUAUUGUACCUGAUGCAAACAAUCUCAUUGCCAUUAAAGAAGAGAAAAAGGAUGAUAUUAGUGAGGAAAACUGUUUGGAUAUAAAGGAAGAAAGUUCUGAUUAUGUAGAAGGGAUGAAUGCUGUUUUUGUUAAGACUGAAGAGGAUGUAGGUAAUAGUGAGUGCUCAAUAUCUGAAAAAACAAAAUUUAGCAAUGAGGAAACAAGUGGAAGUGACUCAGAUAUUACAAUUAGUGAAAGUGAAGAUCCAUUAAAAGUGGUUGAUCAGGGGACACUUGCAAAUGAUAAAGAGGGAACAUAUGCAAGAGUAGAUAGCAAGGGGAAACUUGUUUGUGAAAUAUGUGGCAAGAAAUUCUCAUAUAAGAGUCAAAUGUUAGAUCACAUAAAAAUACAUACAGAUGAAAGGCCCCACAAAUGUGAGGUUUGUAGCAAGGCCUUCUCAAAGAAACGGGGUCUAAUUGUGCAUAUGAGAGCACAUACAGAAGAAAAAUCUUCUAGUUGUAAAGUCUGCAACAAGGAUUUUUCCAGCAGACACAUACUAAUUGAGCACAUGAGCUUGCACACAGAAGAGAAAUCAAAUACCUCUGAGGGCUAUAGCAAGGAAAUUUCUGAGGAAGAUCAUAUUAUUGGACGUGUGAAUUUAAUUUCUAAAGAGAAAUCUUAUAGUUGUAAGCUCUGUAGUAGGGCAUUCACGCGGAGAAGUCAUUUAGCAAAGCAUGUAGUAGUGCAUACAAAACACAAGCCUUAUAAAUGUGAAGUUUGUGAGAAAUCAUUCACUCAGCAGUGGAGUCUGGUAUGUCACAUGAGAUUGCAUACAAAUGAGAAGCCUUACAAGUGUGAGAUAUGUAAUAAAGCAUUUUCUGUGAAACAGGCUCUUGUUGCACAUAUGAAAGUGCAUACAAAAGAGACUCAACAUAGAUGUGAGAUUUGUAGUAAGGAUUUUACUUCAAGACAGGAUCUAAUGGAACAUGUAAGAUCGCAUUCAGAGGAGAAACCAUACACCUGUGAGAUAUGUAGUAAAGUAUUAUCUUCAAAAUAUGCUCUUGUUGUUCAUAUGAGAAUACAUACAAAAGAGAGGCCAUAUAAAUGUGAGAUUUGCAGUAAGGGUUUCACCAUAAGAAGUAAUUUAGUGGCCCAUGUGAGAAUUCAUACAAAAGAGAAACCUUUUAUGUGUGAGAUAUGUGGCAAAGCUUUCGCCAGAAAACGUACAAUAAAGGAUCAUAUGAGAGUCCAUACACAUGAGAAGCCUUAUUGCUGUAAGGUAUGUAGUAGGACAUUCUCUGGGAUCAGCAACCUAAACAAGCACAUGAGAAGAGUACAUACCUAAAAGAUGCAUUAUGUUUUCGUGUGAUGUUUGUAUUUAGAAAUUGUUGGAGGAAUAUUACUAGAAUAGAUAAUUAGAAAAUUACUUGCGUUUGAGUUAAAAGUGUAAACACAGCUCAUUUUUAUAAUAAGUACUGCAAAAAAUGUAUUUAUAUGUCUUCCAGAAAAAGGAUAGAUAACAAGUUGCUUUAAAAUGUAACAUGACAUAAAUUUUAGAGGUUAUACUGUAUGAUAUAUAUUGUGUGCAUCUAAGUACAUUAUUUUAUUAGCAAGAGUUUUUUAAAAGAAUAAUGAAAUGUUGUACAGAAGCAGUUGUAUAUAAUUUACAUGCCUGCUCUUUGAAAUAGUAUUUGCUAGCCAAAGCAAAAAGUUCAUUCCUAUGGAAGUAUCUCAGAACAUCUCACCAGGCAAUGUAGAAACUGCCCUUCAGUGUACAACAGCCUCUUCAGUGUUCUCAGAUGCUUCCCUUUGAAGCCAUUAUCACUUCCACAAUUGUGUUUUGCUGUAUUUAUUUGCUCUAGUUUGCUCUCAAUUUUCUCUGCAUUAAUCUAUGGAACAGCCAGGACGCAAACAGUAUCCUUCCAUUUAGUAUUUUAUAGUACUAUAAAGUACAUAAUUUCAGUGGAAUGGGCAGUAGCACAAUACUUUCAUUUUUCGUGUAGUACACGCAUGCUACUGGACUGAAAGGUGGUAUGCCUAGCAGAUGACAUAUAUAAUUUACUAACACAAAUAAUGGAUGAAGAAUGAAGAAUGUUUAGGAAUAUUUUUCAGUGUGGUUUCUGCCAUAUGAACUUUUAUGAUGAAGGGAAUGUUAGUUCCACAUCUUGACUUGCAUUGUAUAACAUUUUAAGCUAAGCAUAGAAUGCUGAAUGUGAAGAAACACAAGGGCAUGAUUGUUUACUCACAAGCAUAGCUGCUAGACUAAUAUUGGAAUAGGCAAAUUUGAUUGAUUAUAUUUCCCCAAUAUAAUCAAGGCUUCCCAUGACCAGUAAUGAAGAUGUAAUACUGUUAUUAGGGGCAAUAAGGCUUGCCCCCUUAUCAAACAGCCCCACCAAUUCAAACUCUCCUGGCUCCCCGACCCCAGGCUCUCCUUUGACCAUAAGUCUGAACACUACAACUACUACCCACUCCUCAAUAUCUACUCGUGCAUUAAACCAAUUAAACCAAGACUCAGUCUCCAGAAAACAUUCCUACUCUCCCAACUUCCUCAACUUCAUCACCUCUACCCCCACAACCUUCUUCAUCAAACACCCCAUCCUCCCUUAAUACUACUCUACAACCUUAUUCUCCAUCUCUCUGUAAUACUACCCCCCUCAACAAUACUCUUUCUUCCACACAUCCCCAAUCAUCUAACACCACCAACCUUACAAAUAUCUUCAAAUACUCUAGCCCAGCUAAAUGGGACUGAUUUUUCAUGAUUCCUUCUACAGCUCUUUACUCAGGCAACACUUUCCGCUUUCAACAUUGCCUCCAAAAACAAGUAGGCUGAGUCCCUUUCCGUACCUGAUGCGAUCGCUCCUGUCUCAUAACAGUCACAUCUGAAACUGAAGCUAUAGCAUUAACAAAUCUAACUGAUCUCUCUGGCAACCCCAUUCCUGCAGAACCUCAUCCAAUUCUUAGUACUUGUACUGGAACUGUUUCUAUCUCCCCAGCAAACUGCCCAGUUGAUACUAAAGAUUGCUCAGAUUGUGGAGAAGACUUACUUGGCUGCCUCAAAAUAACUAUCCCACAAUCCCUGCUUCCUACCUUUACCUCUUCUCCUUUCUCCGUAUGCAUGGAUACCCUCCUCUCCCAUUCCUCCUUUUUUCACCACCGACCUCUCACAUUUUCUGCCCAUUCCAUUCCUCCAUGGCUUAUCCCUCACCCCCAUAUUUGCUCCUCUCUUUUCCCUGACCCAAGAAAAUCAGAUAUUCCCCCCUCUAUCCUUCUCACUCAUUUCCUUGACCAUGUCUCCAU